GGCAGGUAGUGGUAAGAUUAUGCACGCUGAACGACCAAAAUGGUGACACAUCCUGCAUUAUCGGAUUAUAAUUACCCAAAUUAUCAAAACGGGCUAACUUUUCAAAUCAGGGUUUUGGGAAAUGUGUUAAGUGGCAUCAGAGAUGCUUGUAUCUAUAUAUCUGGUGAUAUCCACCAAUACCACGACGUCGUAAAACUGUCGCGGAAUACGGCAGCAAACAUGGAACACGUUGGCUUGAUCGGCUAGAGCUGCUGGUUGAUACUAAGGAAACAGGACAAAUAUGAACCAGCGGAGAGGUGUAAAAACAGUUGUGUGUGUAAAGAGUUGUAAAUGAGGUUAGUUUGUAAGUCGCGUCUUGUUCGCGAUGUUCUUGUCGGUUUCUAAAAAUAACUUCGCGGUGUGUGCGAGAAGUGUGUGUUGGGCAAUUCCUGCGUCAUGGCGGCAGCAGCAGCAGACAGGUGUGUGUGUGAGGGUAGAACUGAAGUUGCUGCAGAGACUUAAAAACAGAGUCUCCUCUGUCGCUCAGUGGUCCAGCUACACACAAUAUCACACGCACAUCCCCAGCCCAACGACCCCAGAGAUUAGCGGCCAAGAGCUAAAGGGUUCCACGGAAAGCGUCUCCCGAUCUUGUCGCCGCAGAGGUCACGAGAGGACGCAGGGUAACGACGACCGCUUUAGGUUUUACCCUACGGAUCACUCCUCGUCUAACUCUCAUGUUCUCUUGGGGUUGAGGUUGUACCCAGUGAGUUCUGGUGUGUUUCCAGGCUGGAGAGGUCUUUGUAGUGGAAAACCCCGUGAGACCCCAGCCGACUGCCCACCUGGAGUGGACCUGAGGGAAACCACCCAGCCAGCUGAUAGACCAUCUGAUCUUGGUCAAGGACUGUUCAAAUUUAAAGAACUGUAUGAGAACCCAUGGACUAUCCCCAACCUGCUGUGUGUGUGUCGCAUCGCACUGGCUCCAGUCCUGGGAAUCCUGAUAACUGAGCAACAUUUUCACCUCUCCCUUGGGCUGUUUGCUUUGGCUGGAUUUACUGAUGUGCUGGAUGGUUAUAUAGCCCGUAACUGGCCCAGUCAGAAGUCUGCGCUGGGCAGCGCACUCGACCCAUUGGCUGAUAAAAUCCUCAUCAGCGUUCUCUACAUCAGUCUCACCUAUGCACAGCUCAUCCCAGCUCCCCUGACAGCGUUGGUGAUAGCCAGAGACGUUGGUCUGAUAGCGGCUGUUUUCUACGUCAGAUACAAGACUGUCCCACCUCCUGUGACUCUCAGUAAGUUUUUUAACCCCUGCUACACAACAGCGCAGCUCAAACCCACCACCCUCAGCAAGGUCAACACAGCGAUCCAGCUCUUCCUAGUAGCAGCAUCGUUGGCCUCACCUGUCUUUCACUACACAGACAGUCCGCUCCUGCAAGCCCUAUGGUAUAUCACAGCGGUAACGACGACUGUGUCAGGCUACAGCUACUAUCACUAUGGCAUGAAGACUGUCGCUGUGCUCAACAGCACCAAGUAACCAUGGCAACUCAGCAAGCGCCAAGUAACGGUUGCAACUUAAUACACUCCACAACCAUUGUUGCGCCUGAGUACUCAAGUUGAACACACACCCACGUGUGUUUGGAAAGACUCCAAAAUGAACUGAGUGUGUAUUUUUAAUCUCAGUAUUGCCAUGGGAACGUUUUGUAUCUGAUGAAUGUGAUUAAACCAUAAACCUGCUCUA